AUGGCCUCAAUGUUCUCCUUGCCGAGCGAGGUUAUGUUGACCUCCCUUGCUUCUCAAUUUCCUUGUCGGGAACAGCAGAUCCGCUCUCUGGCAACUCUGCUCGCAAUAAGAGGAGCCCCGAGCAGGAACAUUGUGCUGUAUGGUCUUGAGGCUACUGGUAAAAGCGCCAUUGCGAAAGCACUUUUACAAAGGCUCUCCACCGAGUCCGACAACAGCUUGGUCAACGGAGAUUCUGAUGUGCCCCUCGAGCAAUUACGGUAUGCUGUUAUAAAGAGCGCAGAAUGUAUAACUGGAAGACAUUUGCUCGAGCAAACUGUGGGGACAGUAGCAAAAGCUGUAAAUUGGGAGGGCAACGUGGGUCGAUGUGAAAAUGUUGCACAGUUGGUUGUUGAGCUGGGUCGGAUGUUGGAGGGCCGGAGAAUUUCAGAUAAAGGGGCCACAAAUUAUAGAAUAGUCCUGGUUUUUGAUGGUAUAGAUCACCAAAGGGAGGCUCCGCCGACUCUGCUCCCGGGUUUAGCAAGACUAGGAGAAAUCAUACCAAAACUCACAACCCUCUACAUCGUCACAGCCCCUCGACCCAACUUCCUCCACCUCCCUGGUGUCCCACACAUCCACUUCCCCUCUUACACCAAGCCUGAACUACUCCAAAUCCUCUCAUCUACUUCCCCAACCCCCCAACUCCCAAGCGGCGCAAAAGAAACACAAGAAACCUGGUCCCGCUUCACCUCCGCAGUCUACGACUCCUUAUCCAAGCACUCAGGCCGCGACAUCCUCUCCUGCCGCUCCAUUAGUCUGCGUCUCUGGCCCCGCUUUAUAAAGCCCAUCCUCGACGGCCAGCUAUCCGCUACCCCAUUCGGUCGUCUCCUCGUAGCAAACCGCUCCCUAUUCCAAAAUGAAUCAGUCCUCAUCCCAGGAAUUAUAUCGGAACCACCAUUCGCCAAAUCUGGAGCUCUAGUACAGCCAGGCAAUGAGAGUAAGGGCAAAUACCAAGGCAUAGCAGCCCAGCUCCCCUACUACUCCCGCCUCCUCCUCGUAGCCUCCUACCUCGCAUCCUUCAACCCGUCCCGCUUCGACACCGUCCACUUCAUGAAAUCCGCGUCUUCAAAACGCCGCAAAAAGGGCGGCGGAACCGCGCUCUCCCGCUCCUCCACCACGAAACGCCGCACCAUCUCCCGCAAACUCCUCGGCCCCCAAGCCUUCGUGCUCGAACGCAUGCUAGCCAUCUUCCACUGUAUAAAAGACGAUGCAGACUCAAGAGGAAGACAUGGACUUGGAAAUGACAGAAAGAGGGAGAGGCAGAAUGGCAGUGCGGAUAUACAGAUGGCCAUCGCCACGCUCGCGAGUCUGCGCUUGCUUGUCAAGAUGGGCGCGCAGAACGCGGGCGAUACCAUGGAUGGCGCGUGCAGGUAUAGAGUUGCUGUUGGCUGGGAAGUAGUGAGGGGCGUGGCGAGGAGUGUAGGCGUCGAGGCGGAGGAUUAUCUUGCUGAUUAA